AUUGUCUUGACCUCAUAUACCUUCCAUUUUCCUAAUGUCCUUAUGUUGGCUCAAGUGAUUAUGGUAUCAAUUACUGUUGAAGUUGUGAGGCUUUUGGGAUAUUCCAAUGUGCCGAAGUACACACUAGAAAGAGGAAAGAUGUUUUUUAUUCCUUCAAUAUGCUUUGCCCUUCACACAACGUUAGCUCUUCAAGCCCUGGAUUAUUUAACCAUACCAAUGUACAAUGUUUUACGAAGACUUCUCCCUCUGACAAGUUUGUUGUUUGCUUGUUUUAUGUUGAAAAAGAAGCCAUCCCUUAUGAUUGUUACUUCUGUUAUGCUUGUUGUAAUUGGUUGUAUUACAGCAGGAUUUGGAGAUCUAGAGUUUUCAGCCUUUGCCUAUGCCUCUGCUCUGCUAAGUGUGAUUUGCCAGUCUUUUUAUCUUACAUACAUCCAAAAGACAGGCUCGGAAAAGGGUCUAUCAGCCCUGACUGUACUUCACACAAACAGUAUCAACUGUAUUCCUCUUCUGCUCAUUUACACAUUGUGCAAUAAAGAGCUGCAGGCAGCUCUUAAGUUUGAUGGAUACUACGUUGUUGAAUUUCAGGCUGCACUUUUGCUUGAUGUUGGGAUGGGCUGUAUCUUGAGUUAUUCUCUAUUUUUAUGCACAACAAUGAACACAGCAUUGACAACAAGCCUCGUAGGCGUUGUUAAAGGUGUCUUGACGACCAUCAUUGGAUUUUAUACAUUUGGUGGAGUGGCUGCCACACCGUUAACACUCAUCGGAGUUUCCCUGAAUACCCUUGGGGGAGCCUUGUACUCUUAUGCUAAGUACUCAGAGAAAAUGGCAUCAGGAAUUCAGAAACAUUUUCACAAGCAUACCAUAGAAAUUGAACCAGUUCUUGCAACUAAGGAACAUCUAGAAAAGGAAAAGUUUGGAUCUUGUGGCCUUACAAAUUGGACUCAACGCAGUUUUAUGCCUGAAGAUUCAGUGAGGUCCUCUGUUGUGUUGGUAGGGGAUCUUUCAACUGAUUCAGAUUCAGGUGUAGGAUAAUUCACAGUUUGACUGUGGAACACCCUGACAAGUACAGCCAUGUGGGUCUCUGGGUUGGUAAGCUGUCUCUUAACCUCACCUUACAGUUUUACCAUUUGAUUUGGAGUAGACAGUUAUGUAAAUAGAAAAAGUACACUUUGAUGUAGUGUACAUGCACGUAGGGCCUGCAGGAUUGGUUGCUGUUAUAUCGUGGCCAGUUGUCACUGCAGCAAAAUGUAUUUAGUCAACUUAAACAUUGGCACAACUAUAAUUUUGUUUCAAGACUAAGGUUAUUAGGUUCAAUUUCCACUGUUCUUACAGUGGGUUCUCCCCCAAUUUAGGCUCAUUUCCCAAUCUGGGUCUGACUAAUGAGGUCAAUAGGUCAUACACUUCAUGUACUAUCCAUCUCUUAUCAAAACCUUUUUAUUCAAUUUGAAUUUGUAAAUGUUUUAAAUUGAAAGCAUAUUUAAAGUGUAUGUUAUAGCGAGUAUGCCCAUUUAUGAACAUCUGCCUGACCAAAACUAAGAUAUAAAUAAACUAAUCUACUUACACUGUGUGAAAAUGAUGAAAUAAAUAAGUAAAUAAAUAGUACAAGUUAUUUAAAUUUUUGGAAAGAUAAGCCACAAGUGCUUAGAAACACAUUUUUGUAUGUACAUGUCACAAGAGAAAAAGUAUUUUCAGAAGGAUAGGCUUUAUUCUCUUGGCGUCGUACAAUAACAAGGAUAUCAAAUACAGCUCGGUGAAAGAUGUCUCAUAUCUUUUAAUAUGUUUAUAUUUAAAUUUUAGAUAUUUUUUUUGAAUUUAAUUGUCAUACUGCUAGGAAAUGUUAUACGGGUUUUUACUUGAGGGAAAUCUUUUUUCAAAAUAAAGUUAAAACUACCAUCCAUCUGCAAUACGCGAAA